GCUCUCGUAAGCCGCGUGCUCCGCAGCGUCGCCGUUGCUCCAGCAGCAUACUCUCAAGCCGCUGUAUGUUGGAUAGUUGGAUACGUUGGAAAGGCAAGAUUCAAGAACAGAUUGCGUUGGGUCGCCCUUGCCUGUAGAAGCUCUGACCAGCGGGGUCCACCUGCUAAAAGUGUGUGGCUGGCUCAGCUCCGAGGGUUUUUGGCCAUUUCUGGCAAGUUUGGAGCUGCCACUCACGACAUCGACAUUGUACAGGUACCUAAUCCUCGUUACCAAGUAGCCUCAUCUCAGACAUCAUGUUUGCCGCUCGUCAAUUGUCCUUAGUGCGCCCUGUCGCUGGCCGCCGCCUCUUCCAUGCCACUGCCCCUACGCUUGUUAAAGUAGGAGACAAGCUGCCCAAUGUCGAGCUUAUGGAAAACUCGCCUGGCAACAAGGUCAACAUCGCCGAAGAGCUGAAGAGCGGUAAAGGUCUCAUCAUUGGAGUUCCGGCUGCGUAUUCACCCGCCUGCUCUGAGAACCACAUCCCUGGGUACAUCAACUCCGCCAAACUCAAGGAUGCUGGAAAGGUCUUUGUUGUCUCUGUCAACGACAGUUUCGUCAUGAAAGCAUGGGGCAAGACAUUGGACCCAACAGGCUCCAGCGGUAUCCGGUUUCUGGCAGACCCUAGCCUAGCCCUCACCAAGGGUCUUGAUCUCUCCUUCGACGGCUCUUCCAUCUUCGGCGGCAACCGCUCCAAGCGUUACGCUCUUAUUAUCGAGAACGGCACUGUUAAGGAAGCGCAUGUCGAGCCAGACAACACCGGAUUGAACGUCUCCGCUGCAGAUAAGGUUUUGUGAUCCGUCCCUAGUAUUGCCUACACAUAACAGGUCUUUUGUCGAAGUGAUCUAGAUAUAUCGACAAGGUAUCUCUCACAAUGAGUCUGCGAGAAUGAUGCGGUUUGACGGAAAUAUGUUAGACCUUCCAUCGGGAACAGUUUUGAACCAGUCGAUGAUGGCCCGAGAUUCCCAGCAUCUUGCCUCUACGGCCGUUCCUGGCUGCUUUCCGUCGGGAAUAAUAAUGAAGAGUUGUCACUCUGGUACUCAUGAGGACUGCACGCCUUCUCUAGCACUUCAAUGUAUUGUUAGCCUCCUAAUCAGACUGGUCCAUGCUAUCUUUAUAUAGUUCAGCUUGGAAUGGUUACACUAUCAGGCUAGAAGCUCAUGUGCCUUUGAUUUAACACACGGAAAUCCAUAUAGGUAAACUUCUUACCUCA